UGUUCCAGAAGUAUUCUAUCCUGACGUUUCACCCACAUCUAUGGCAGGCAUCCUCAGAGGUUGUGAGGUAUGGAGAAACUAAGCAAGGAAGGUUUAUAUAUAUCUGUGGAAAGUCCAAGGUGAGAGAUGCUCUUGUCAGUUGGAGGCCAGUGUGAAUGUUGUAGUUAAUCACCUUAAUUAGCAUUGAAUAGUUUUAUCUCUUGGCUUCUUCCUACCUGGGGGCAUCCUUUGUUCAGAGUCGUUAGCUGCCCCUGGUUGAUUCAUGUCUGGAACUCCUCAGUUUUCAGGGUGUUGCUUCUUAUUUACUGUUCUGAUUUUUGAGUUUUUAAAUACUGGUAGCCAGAUUUUGUUCAUAUUCAUUGUUUCCUCCUUUCUGAUGAAGGUGUCCACAUGCUUGUGGAUUUCAAUGGCUUCUCAGUGUGACCUGGCAUGAUAGUUGUUGGAGUGGUCAAGCAUUUCUGUGUUCUCAGAUAAUACUGUGUCCAGGUUGGUUCAUCAAGUGCUCUGCUAUGGCUGAUUUCUCUGGUUAAGUUAGUCUGCAGUGCCUUUCAUGUUCUUUGACUCGUGCUUGGGCAAUGCUGCGUUUGGUGGUCCCUAAGUAGACUUGUCCACAGCUGCAUGGUAUCCGGUAGACUCCUGCAGAGGAGAGAGGAUCCCUCUUGUCUUUCGCUGAUCGUAGCAUUUGUUGGAUUUUCUUUGUGGGUCUGUAGAUAGUUUAUAGGUUGUGUGUCUUCAUCAGCUUCCCUAUGUGGUCAGUGGUUCCCUUGAUGUAUGGUAAGAACACCUUUCCUCUGGGUGGAUCUUUGUCUUUCCUCUCAUGGCUUGUUCUUGGCCUUGCAGCUCUUCUGAUGUCUGUGGUGGAGUCUCCAUUGGCCUGGAGAGCCCAGUUUAGGUGGUUUAGUUCACCUUGGAGGAGGUGAGGUUCACAGAUUCUUUGUGCACGGUCUGUCAGGGCUUUGAUUGUGCUUCUUUUUUGACUUGAGUUUUUAUGAAGGUAUCUAUCUGUGUGUGUAGAUUUUCUGUAAACUGUGUGGCCCAAUUGUUGAUUGGGUUUGCGGAUGACCAGAACAUCUAGAAAUGGCAGUUUUCCUUCCUUUUCAUUCCUCAGUUCUUUAACUCCCCUUCCUAUUUUUUUCUCUUAGGUGGGAUCUGUUUUACCUUCAUCCAAUCAUCACAAGGUUUGCUUUGUCCUUCUGGCCGUGCCUUGCAAACCCAAAGCCACCUUGCCGGUGCCAUAUUUGCGAAGCGGCUCAACAAAAGGGCUGGGCUGAUUUUGGACCCUCUCCAUGAGACGAGAGAUGGCAGAAAAUAUGGAAGGAGAGUUUUCAGCUUCGGGUCCCCAGCUCCAGGCUUUGUUAGAGCAGGGAUUGGUAGUGAAAUUCGAAGAGGACAUAUUGGACCCCAAACCUGAGCAGGUGUGGGAAGCCCAGUGGCAAGCCUUUCUCAAGGCAAUGGAGCCUUCUCCAUCCCACACAAGCAAACCACAGGUGCCAGAAACAGCUGUGUCUGAGGAUGAUAAGUCCGAAAAGUCCUCUUCCAUGGGACCCAAAGAGGCUAGAGACAGGUAUCUCCGGAGCUUCAGUGAAAAGAUUCAGCUUACACAAGGCUUGUUGCAUCUGAGAGAGAAAUCGAUCGAUGAGGAAACAGAACCCCCAAGCGCAGGGGUCUCUCGCCGCCGCUUCAGGCAGUUCAGCUAUCCUGAAGCCAUGGACCCGCUCCUUGUUUAUGUCCAGCUCUGGAAGCUUUGCUGUCAAUGGCUGAAGCCCGAGAAGCACACCAAGGUGGAGAUCCUGGAGCUGGUGAUCCUGGAGCAAUUCAUAGCCAUCCUGCCCCAGGAGAUACAAGACCGGAUGAAGGAGCACAGCCCCGAGACCUGUGCCCAAGCGGUGGUUCUGGUGAAGGAAUUUCUGCGAACGCAGCAUGAACGUGGUAGUUCGGAAGAGCAGGGUCCUGGACUCUGCCAGGAGGUGGAUGUGAGUUUCUCAAGUGGCAGGAAGAACAUUUUGGAGAAUCCGCAAACGAAGAUCUGGAAUAUAGUGAAGGAAGGGGGUGAAGGAAGUGCCAGCUUGGUGGGUCAACGCUGUUUGUUGAAGGAAAAAAGUCACAUACAAGAAGGUCCCGAGCAAGAAGACUGUGAGAUACUAGGAGAGAACAUCAUAGAGAAAGAAGUCAUUUACUGCAAGCAAGCUAAAGCUGCUUAUGGUUUAUGUGGAGCAAGAGGGCACUCUGAAAGCAAUCAGAAGGCAGGAGUUGAUUUGUCUGUUCCUAGCAGAGUAAGCUAUCGAGAAUUAAAUGAAAUCCUAACCAAGGAAAAAAUGGGGAGCCUGAGUAAAAACAAAGAAAGUUUGGUGAUCCUCAAUAGAACCCGUGCAGAAGAGAAACCAUUCAAAUGCUCAGACUGUGGCAAAUCCUUCCGAAUGAAGAGCAAUCUUGUUAGGCACCGCCAAUCCCAAACAGGGGAGAAACUGUACGGAUGCUUAGAUUGCGGCAAAUCCUUCAGCUCCAAGAACUGCCUCUUUCGGCAUCAUAAUAUCCACCACGGAGAAAAACCACAUGAGUACUCAUACGACGGGAAACAUUUCCAGAUGAAGUACAACCUCAAACAACACAACCGGAUCCACACUGAGGAGAAGCCAUUUGAGUGCUCGGACUGUGGCAUGUCGUUCACCAAUAAUUCAGACCUCGUGAAGCACAACUGUAUCCACACCAGAAAGAAGCUGUUUGAGUGCUCAGAUUGUGGAAAGUCGUUCACCAGGAACUCGGACCUGGUGAGGCAUAACUGGAUCCACACCGGGAAGAAGCCAUAUGAGUGCUCGGACUGCGGCAAGUCAUUCACCAAGAACUGGGACCUGAAGAGGCAUAAAAGGAUCCACACCAGGAAGAAGUCAUUUGAGUGCCCUCUGUGCAGCAAGUCGUUCACCAAGAACUGGGACCUGGUGAGGCACAAAAGGAUGCACACCAGGAAGAAAUCAUUCAAGUGCACAGACUGCGGCAAGUCGUUCACCAAGAACUCGGACCUGGUGAGGCAUAACUGGAUCCACACCGGGAAGAAGCCAUUUGAGUGCUCGGACUGCGGCAAGUCAUUCACCAAGAACUCAGACCUCUUGAGGCACAACCUGAUCCACACCAGGAAGAAGCCAUUUGAGUGCUCCGAUUGCGGCAAGUCAUUCAUCAAGAACUCAGACCUCUUGAGGCACAACCUGAUCCACACCAGGAAGAAGCCAUAUGAGUGUUCGAACUGCAGCAAGUCAUUCACCUAUAACUCAGACCUGGUGCGGCACCAACGGACCCACACAGGACGGAAACGGUUUAAAUGUUCAGAAUGCGGAAAGACCUUCCGUGCGAAAUGCGGCCUGUUAUCCCAUGUCAAGAGCCACAAGUUGCUUGAGAAUUCCAGUUGUUUGAGUUCCAGUUAACUAAGAGUAUGCUGUAUCAUCCUAAAACUACAUGGCUGCAUUCUAGCUACUCUUCCUCUUCUUCAUUCACACAGUCGUUUCUGACUCUUCGUGACUUCAUGGACCAGUCCAUGCCAGAGCUCCCUGUCGGCCGUCGCCACCCCCAGUUCCUUCAAGUUCAUGCCAGUCACUACAAGGAUACCGUCCAUCCACCUUGCCCUUGGUUGGCCUCUCCUCCUUUUUCCUUCCAUUUUCCCCAGAAUCAUGAUCUUUCCCAAGCUUUCCUGUCUUCUCAUGAUGUAGCCAAAAUACUUCAUCUUUGCCUCUAGUAUCCUUCCCUCCAGGGAACGGUCGGGCACUAUUUCCUGGAGGAUGGACUGGUUGGAUCUUCUUGCGGUCCAAGGCACUCUCAGGAUUUUCCUCCAGCACCAGAGUUCGAAAGAGUCUCUCUUCCUUCACUCAGCCUUCCUUAUGGUCCAGCUCUCGCAUCCAUAGGUUACUAUGGGAAAUACCAUUGCUUUGACUAUGCGGACCUUCGUUGCCAGUGUGAUGUCUCUGCUCUUCACUAUUUUGUCAAGGUUGACCAUUGCUCUCCUCCCAAGAAGUAAACGUCUUCUGAUUUCCUGGCUGCAGUCUGCAUCUGCAGUGAUCUUCGCGCCUAGAAAUAUAAAGUCUGUCACUGCCUCCACAUUUUCUCCUUCUAUUUGCCAGUUAUCAAUAAGUGUAGUUGCCAUGAUCUUGGUUUUCUUGACGUUUAACUACAACCCACCUUUUGCACUUCCUUCUUUCACCUUGGCGAUAAGGCUCCUCAGCUCCUCCUCACGUUCGGCCAUCAGAGUGGUACCGUCUGCAUAUCUAAGGUUGUUAAUGUUUCUUCCAGCAAUUUUAACUCCGACCUUGGAUUCCUCAAGCCCCGCACGUCACAUGAUGUGUUCUGCAUACAAGUUGAAUAGGGAGGGUGAAAGUAUGCAGCCCUGCCGCACUCCUUUCCCAAUCUUGAACCAUUCUGUUGUUCCGUGGUCUGUUCUGACUGUGGCCACUUGGUCUUUAUACAGAUUUCUCAGGAGACAGACAAGGUGACUUGGUAUCCCCAUACCACCAAGAACAUGCUAUAGUUUAUUAUGAUCCACACAGUCGAAGGCUUUAGAAUAGUCAAUGAAGCAGAAGUAGAUGUUUUUCUGAAACUCCCUGGCUUCCUCCAUUAUCCAGCAGAUAUUGGCAAUUUGGUCUCUGGUUCCUCUGCCUUUUCUGAACCCAGCUUGGACAUCUGGCAGCUCUCGCUCCAUGUAUUGCUUGAGUCUGCCUUGCAGGAUCGUGAGCAUUACCUUACUGGCAUGGGAAAUAAGUGCCACUGUAUGGAAGUUUGAGCAUUCUUUAGCGUUUCCCUUUUUGGGUAUGGGGAUAUAAAUUGAUUUUUUCCAAUCUGAUGGUCAUUCUUGUGUUUUCCAUAUUUGCUGGCAUAUGGCAUGCAUCACCUUGACAGCAUCAUCUUCCAAGAUUUUAAACAACUCAGCUGGGAUCCCGUCGUCUCCUGCUGCCUUGUUGUUAGCAAUGCUUCUUAAGGCCCAUUCAACCUCACUCCUCAGGAUGUCUGGUUCUAGUUCACUCAUCACACAAUCAAAGCUAUCCUCUAUAUUAUUAUCCUUCCUAGACAGAUCUUCUGUAUUUUCUCGCCACCUUUUCUUGAUCUCUUCAGCUUCUGUUAGGUCUCUGCCAUCUUUGUUUUUGAUCAUGCCCAUUUUUGCCUGAAAUUUGCCUCUGAUGUUUCUGAUUUUCUGGAAGAGGCUUCUUGUCUGUCCUAUUCUAUUGUCUUCCUCUAUUUCCUUGCAUUGCGUGUUUAAAAAUAGUUCCUUGUCUCUCCUGGCUAACCUCUGGAAUUGUGCAUUUAAUUGGGUAUAGCUCCCGCUAUCACUGUUUCCUUUCGCCUUCCUUCUUUCUUGGGCUACUUCCAGUGUCUCAGCAGACAACCAUCUUGCCUUCUUGAUUUUCUUUUUCUUUGGGAUGUACUUUGUUGCCGCCUCCUGAACAAUGUUGUGAACUUCUGUCCAUAGUUCUUCUGGGACUCUAUUUAUCUAAUAUCUAAUUGGUCUGUGUAUUUUCCCCCAUUCUCUUUAGUUUGAUUCUAAAUUGUGCAAUAAGAAGUUCAUGAUCUGAACUACAGUCAGCUCCAGGUCUUGUUUUCACUGACUGGAUAGAUGUCCGUCACUUUUGGCUGCAAAGGAUGUAGUCAAUCUGAUUUCGGUGUUGACCAUCUGGUGAAGUCCAUGUGUAAAGCCGUCUUUUAGGUUGUUGGAAGAGAGUAUUUGUUAUGCACAGUGAGUUUUCCUGGCAAAAUUCUAUCAGCCUACGUCCUGAUUCAUUUUGUUGUCCCAGACCAUGCUUGCCUGUGAUCCCGGUUGUCAUUUGACUGCCCACUUUAGCAUCCCAAUCUCCUGUAAUGAAUUGCAUAAAAGGAACGUUCAGUAACAACAUUGUUGGAAAUUAAAUGCAUAAAAAGUUCAGUCCUUGCUGCCUAGAGAAACAGCUGUGGAUCCGGGCAGGAGGCAGACUGCAUUGGAUAAUCCAGAACAUUGAACAGCGAAUGUUGGAUAAGUGAGACUCUAUUGUAGUUUCUGUUUGUGGAUUUAUUCCUAUGUUUUGAUUCCUGGUUUUUCGAUAUACCUUGUCACUUUCGGGCAGAACUUUGAAAUUUGAAAUAUUGCUUUUUGAAAGCCCCUUUUCUAUUGCUUUUUGAAGAUUGCCUUUUACCUUUUUAUAACUGCUUUCUUUAAUAAACUGUUUAGUUAAUA